GAGCUCGCCAGAGUGGUUGUGUUGUGUUUUAUUUUUUACGGGUUUAUUUAUGUGUGCGAGAAUCGCCUUCAGCUACUGAAGAUGCUGACGAGAUUUACCACGACGGGUUUCUGUUACGACGACGACAACGACGAACGGACGGACGGAACACAUUUCGGGGCAGCGUAGCGUGUGAACAGGAAUCGCAGUAACCUUGUCACCACCAUUCAGUCGGGCGUGUUUUCGCUAAAAGUUCGAGAGAUUUUCGUUCGGUUGUAAUUUCUGGGACCGGAAGUGAUCCCCUCCUAGAGGAUGUGAUGAGAAUUUGGAUUUUCUGUGCACCAAAGGCAGCAAUGUUUUGAUUUGCUACGGAGUUACGGAUUUUUCCAACGAAAAAGACAGCGAUUGAGCAACAUUUUUUUCUCGGAGGAAGUUGGAAAGCGAAAGCAAAGACGAAGAAGAAGAGAAAGAAGGUUCAGCACGGUGACGACGGAAUUUUUUCGAGUUCGAUUCAAUCAAGAGGCUACGUAAUGGACGAAGGCAAUGCGAAACGGGAACGGAAUGCGGAUUUGGGUGAGUUUCGAGCUGCGGGCGAUGAAAAUGGCGCUGGAUCCGAUCAGGAGAUAGUGGUCGGAAUCGACGAGGACCAUAUUAAUUUUCUAACCAGUAUGGCGUCCGGAGGAGACGAUUCACUGGAUGGCCUUCCGGAAGUGGAUGGUGCUCAAAGGGUGAAACGAGAACGUCUGGAAGAGGAAGACGAUGAAGAAGACGUCAUGGCCGCUGCGGAAUCGAUUUUAUCCAGAACGGCGGAACGAACGCAGCAGCAGAUUUAUCACUGCCAGUAUUGCAGCAAAACCUUCACCUGGCUCAAGUCCCUUACGGUGCAUCUUCGCACUCACACCAACGUAAAACCGUACAAGUGCGAGCUCUGCGACAGGUCUUUUGUGCGGUCCGAUUAUCUCAAAUACCACAUCAUGAAAUCCCACGAAACGACGGAACAGGUUUUUACCUGCACGGCUUGUUCCGGGGUGUUUGCCACGAAUCGAGGUCUCCUGAGGCACAUUCGCACCGAGCAUGGCGGUAAUGCCGAUCGCAAGAUCUAUUUCCCCUCCCCUCCAGCGGACCACUCGGACUCCGAGUCCCACGGCGAAGUGGACGAGAAAGGCAAAUUUGCCUGCACCUAUUGUGACGAAUAUUACGAAGCCUCCGAACCGCUAAUCCAUCACAUGAAGCGCCACUUGGGCGAAAAACCAUUCAAGUGCGACCUCUGCCCGAAGUCGUUCAUUCGACAGGACUUCCUCCAAUGCCACCGGUCCAACCACCUGAAAGCCCUGGACUUCAAGCAGAACAACUUCUCCCUAGAAUCGCCCUCCAAACGACCGCGAAUCAGUUUGAAAAAGUUCGAAGAACUCGCCCAGAUCAACUCCGGUUCGCGGCCAUUGUCCGAUGAGUCGGAUGAAGACGAGGCCAGGGCCAGUUCGUCCGAGAGUGAAGAUGAGCCACCGAGCCAGAAUCUGCCAGAGGAGACCGAGGAGCAGAAGAGUAUGAUCGUUGCGUUGCUGGCGGAGGUGACCAAGACGGACGACGACCGGUUUCGGUGCCCACGGUGCGAGAAAACGUUCACGCAAGAGACGACCUUGAGGGUGCAUCUGCGGCUGCAUACAGGGAUCACCCCGUUCAAGUGCCCCCUGUGCAGCCUGGCAUUCAUGCGACAGGACUUCCUGAAGAACCAUCUUAAGAAGCACAUCGAGGACAACGGGGAAGAUCCGGGUGCACCGGGAGCCAUCGAUACGUCCAACCUGUCGUUCAACGCACCAACGUUCGCCAGCACGGCCAGCACUUCGGUGCCGCCUUCGAUAUCUCUGCUUAAACCAUUGAGUGCGCGUCCACAGUCCACUGGAAUCUCACUGCUCAAACCGCCAGAGGAGAGGAAACCCCCAGACCAACAGGAAUAUUGCAUCCGUACCGACGACGGGAAGUUUAUGUGCACUGCCUGCGAACGAGUGUUCUCCCAUCAGCAAACGGUUCGCAUCCACUAUCGGAUACAUACCAAUGAGAAACCCUACAAAUGUCCCCAUUGUUCGGAAUCGUUCAUCCGGUCGGAUUACCUUGAGAGGCACAUGAAAAUCCAUUGGAAAGAUGGCGGCGCUCCGAUGGUAAUGCCACCAGUCGUGAUGAAGGGUUCCUUCUCAGGCAUCGGGAUGUCCGAUAGCAGCGACUCCACAAGUCCGCAAAAACCCACAAUUGGUCGGGCAGGUUUGACGCCAGAGAACUACCACUUUGUGGACGCUGGCGAUGGUCAGUAUGCAUGUAAGAUCUGUGAUCAAGUAUUCACCCACAGUGAUUCACUGCGAAAGCAUGCCCUUACGCACACAGAGGAAAAACCUUUCUUUUGUGACAUUUGUGAUCGUUCGUUCAAUAGGGUCGACUAUCUGAAAGAACACUUCAAAUCUAAACGCCACCGGCAGGCGUUGGCCGAAGCGAAUGGUGAGGUUCUGGAUGACGAUGACGACUCUACUACUGAUAUGAGCUACUCCAGUAGGAUGGCCAAAACCAAAUCGCCCAUCAGCCCAAUGACGAAUGCCCUUGCGGAAAGGUUGGAAUUUCAGCGAACCGAUGAUGGCCGAUACAAAUGUACUGAGUGUGAUAAGACCUUCGUAACUGCCGUGACGUUGAAGAUGCAUUUACGGUUACAUACCGGAGAGAAACCGUACAAAUGUAAUAUGUGCAGCGCGGCAUUUAUACGAUCGGACUAUUUGAAAACACAUGAAAAGAUCCAUCGACAAGAAGCCUUCAUGAGACAACGGCAAGUCACGGGAGAUGGUCACUUCUCGUCAGACGAGGGAUCGAACGAUGGUCUUAUGCAACAGGUGGAACCAUCGGCGAGUUUCAAGGGGCUUUUAAAUAUGAAGAACGAAGCGGGCAUGGAUAUCGGUGGAACGGUGAUGGAAGAGGGCGAAGAAGAUGGCGAAGAGGAACAGCAAGAGGAAGUCGAAGAAGAAGAGGAAGACGAAGAGAGUGAGGAUGAACAGGUCAUUGAAGUGAUGGUGAAAGAAGAAUACUCUGAUGACGACGAGGACGACGGCGAAGGUGAAGAGGAUGGACAGGAAGGUGAGGAGGAACCGGGUGGCCACAAACGAGAUCAGGAUGGCGAAGAGCACGAAAACAACAACAGCUAUGAGCAUGACGAAGACAACAUAUCUCGAGUGAUAGGAAGUGGUGUUGGUUCGGAACCAUCGGACCCCAAAUCGAAGCAUCGAUGUCACAUUUGCAAGAAAGAGUUCGCUUGGCCAAAGUCGCUUAAAAUCCAUCUGCGAACGCAUACCGGUGAACGACCUUACGAAUGUGACGUUUGUGGAAAGAGCUUUACCCGAUCGGACAGUUUGAAAGCGCACAGGAAUACCCACGGAGAUGUUCGAGUGCUGCAGUGUCACUUGUGUGAGGCCACGUUUCUCAGCGAUAGGGGGCUAAUACAACACCAACAAGAAGAACACGGUAUAGAACCGUUGGAUGGCUACUGAUUCGGCUGUGCAAUAGUUCCGAAUGUUUCGUUGAUACACUUUUUAUCACUUCACACUACACGAACACAAAGAGAGACAAUAUUGUUGUAGUUGUCGGCAUUGAAUCCACUUCUAAAGGAUUAUCCAUGCCCACAUGGCUGAAAUGGAAUGGUUUUGAUCACCUGCACUCACAAUGAAUUACAAUCACACAUAUAAAUUGAAUAAUUGUUUUAAUGAGGUCGUGUAAUGUACAGAACAAAUUAAGUUUAUUGGAUUUGUAUGGUUUUAAAGCACACACAAACACACACAACAAUGUCCGCGCCAUUGUGAGCUUGAAGAUGAAUCUUUCAACCAUUAACUAAUUUAAGCUGUUUGGGCUUUGAAACCGUCUUAUUAAUUGUUAUUUAUGUUAUAAAAGGGAGACUGAGCAGAGCACCUGGCAAUAUUCCUUUUGUCUUUUUUUUAAUUCUUAGUAACUAGUGUUCAACACAACAAAAUGGAUAGCAAACAUGAGUGCUGCAUAGAUUUUAUUGUACAAUUCAAACUUAUGCAGAUCAAGCGGAUCGCAAGAUGUUAGUUUUUUUUUCUCAUCGAAUAUGUAUAUUUGUAUCGAUUGUAUAAAGGUAUUCCGUUCAACAAAGUAGUUGAACCUACUUAUGAGUUCAGUUUUAAAA